AUGGGAACAAAAAGGAAGAUGUCUUCAAUGACCACCCUUUUAAUCUCGCUUGCGAUAGUUAUGAUUUCUUUAAGCUUGCCUUCAUCGGCCACGGCAGCCUACCCUUACUCAUCUCCACCACCACCUCCACCAAAGAAAUCGCCACCACCACCACCACCUAAGCAUCAUUAUGUUUACAAGUCACCACCACCACCACCGGUGUAUAAGUCACCACCACCACCAGUAUAUAAGUCACCACCACCACCGGUGCAUAAGUCACCACCACCACCCGUUUACAAGUCACCACCACCUCCAAAGAAACCAUAUGUAUACAAGUCACCUCCACCACCCGUACCCGUUCACAAGUCUCCACCACCGCCAGUAUACAAGUCACCACCACCACGAGUGCACAAAUCACCACCACCACCUGUUUACAAGUCACCACCACCACCGGUUCACAAAUCACCACCACCGCCUGUUUACAAGUCACCACCUCCACCUCAUUAUGUUUACAAGUCACCACCACCACCCGUUCACAAGUCAUCACCUCCAACUACACCCGUUUACAAGUCACCACCACCACCUCCGGUUCACAAGUCUCCACCACCACCAAAAAAACAUUACAUGUAUAAGUCACCACCGCCACCUCCUCCGGUUUACAAGUCUCCUCCUCCACCACCACCAAAGAAACCAUAUGUAUACAAGUCACCACCACCACCAACUCCUGUCCACAAAUCUCCACCACCACCAACACCAGUUUACAAAUCUCCACCACCACCUCCACCUGUGUACAAAUCCCCACCACCACCGGUUUACAAGUCCCCGCCACCUCCUCCACCUAGGAAACCUUACAUGUACAAGUCCCCACCACCUCCUCCACCCCCAGUGAAAAAGUACCCACCCCCGCAUUACAUCUACAGUUCACCACCCCCUCCUCACCAUUAA